AUGUUGUUAGCCAUGAUGCACACCUGUUCUUUUAGAAUUCUCAAGCACUUCAUUGGUGUGUUAGUUCAAGCAAUGAGAGAUGGUCACUGGUUGAUACUGGACGAACUAAAUCUUGCACCCACUGAUGUAUUGGAGGCAUUAAAUAGAGUUCUUGAUGAUAAUCGUGAGUUGUAUAUAACGGAGACACAGCAACUGGUAAAGGCACACCCUCACUUCCUCCUCUUUGGUACACAGAAUCCUCCAGGGGUUUACGGGGGAAGGAAGUUACUCUCAAGAGCAUUUCGUAAUCGUUUUAUCGAGUUACACUAUGAUGAUAUUCCUCCUAAUGAACUGGUUAGUAUAUUACACCAGAAGUGCUCACUUCCUGAGAAAUAUGCUAAGAAGAUGGUCGCCGUCAUGAAAGAUUUACAACAACGUCGGUCCCUCUCUGGUAUAUUUGAGGGUAAAUAUGGUCUAGUGACAUUGAGGGAUUUAUUCCGUUGGGCUGAGAGAUACAGACGAUCGUUUGUGAGUGAAAACUUUUAUGACUGGGAACAACUACUGGCAGAAGAUGGUACGUGCAAUCAUUUCAAGAAAUCAGUCGACCCCCUAGCCCUCUUCACCAGCCCAGGGGGUCUUGCCACGGCUGAAUGUUUGAAAAUAUUGACCGGACCCCUUCAUGAGGAAUUUCAUCACCUUUACUGGACCCCUGGGCUACUUAAAACUGCAGUACUCCUUUAUAGAGCCAUACAGUUUGAUGAACCAACACUAUUGAUCGGAACCACUGGUUGUGGUAAGACGACUCUGUGUCAGUUAAUAGCUAAGCUGUUAAGGUCAGAGCUGUCAAUUGUUAAUUGUCACUUGCACUCUGAAGCUGCCGACUUCCUCGGGGGACUCAGACCAAUACGUAACAGGAACGAGAAUGAAAAACAAACUCAUUGUCUGUUUGAAUGGAGAGAUGGUGUACUGGUAGAGUGUAUGAAGAGAGGACAGUGCAUAUUGAUUGAUGAGAUAUCGCUGGCUGAUGAUGCAGUCCUUGAAAGACUCAACUCUGUACUGGAGCCAGAGAGGAAGCUACUGGUGGCAGAGAGAGGAGGAGGGAGGGAAGUAAAGGAUGAAGUGAUUGCUGCUAGUGGCUUCCAGUUUAUGGCUACUAUGAAUCCUGGAGGAGACUACGGAAAGAAAGAGUUGUCUCCAGCACUGAGGAACAGGUUCACUGAGAUAUGGUCAACUAAUGUAACUAGUGACGAUGAUUACUCGCUUAUCAUUGAUCAUAAUAUCAAAUCAUAUCUAAAAGGUGGGCCCCCUUGGAGUAGACUUAUGGUUGAUUUUAUGAAAUGGCUCAAAACUCAAAUAAUAUCCUCAAGAUUUACUGUAACAGUGAGGGACGUGUUAUUGUGGGUGGAGUUUAUGAACAAAGUUGCCCCUCCCCUUUCACCUUCUUCUGCCUUCAUCAACGGAGCUAUAAUGAUAUUCAUAGACUCGCUAGGUUGUGGUGGAUCAUGUGAACAGAUCGGACUAAGAGAUGCAUGUAUAAACUACUUACAAGAACUAGCGAAUGAAACUAAUAGCAAUAAUGCUAUGAACCAAGAGAUAGUGAAGAGGGAAGGAACUUUCGGUAUAGCCCCAUUUCUCAUUGAAUCAGGCUCAUUGAAUAUUAAGGACAGUGACCAGUAUUGUUUCAAUGCUAAUGGCCCGUGUAAUAAUUUGUAUCGAUUGCUGAGAGGAUUACAACUAAAGAGACCAAUAAUGCUCGAAGGAGCUCCAGGGGUUGGUAAGACCAGUCUAGUAUCAGCUUUAGCAGCUGCUUCUGGUCACUCAAUCACUAGGAUUAAUCUCUCAGAACAUACUGAUGUUAGUGAUUUGUUUGGUUCUGAUCUCCCAGUUGAAGGUAUCAAUGGCAUCAAGUUUGAGUGGAGGGACGGACCUUUUCUAAAAGCAUUGAGAUCCGGAGAAUGGAUACUACUGGAUGAAAUGAACCUUGCUUCACAGUCUGUACUAGAAGGACUCAACGCUGUCCUGGACCACAGAGGAGAAUUGUAUAUUCCUGAGCUUUCAAAGACAUUCCAUGUUCCUUGUUGCACUCGUCUCUUUGCCUGUCAGAACCCUGUCACACAGGGUGGAGGGAGGAAGGGACUCCCACUGUCCUUCGUUAAUCGCUUCACUCAGGUUUAUUUGGAGCCAAUGUCUGAUAGUGAUCUAGUUUUCAUCACUUGUUCAAUUUAUCCUGAUAUGGAUAAAGAGACUGUACAAAGAAUGGUCAGAUUCAAUAAUAAGGUACAUGAGUACUGUGGGCCCAGCUCAUUGUGGGAGUUUAAUUUACGUGACAUACUGAGAUGGAGUGAAGUCAUUAAUAAGAACCAACCAAUUCAUUCUUCACCUGCUGAAUCUAUGAGACUAUUGUAUACUUACCGUCUGAGGAAUAAGGAAAUGAGAAAUAAAGUUGAAGGCUUGUAUGUGGAGUGUUUUAAUGAAGAGAGUAUAGCACCAGGUGGACUAUUACACUUAUCAGAUGAUGUUCUACAAAUUGGAGGUACAUUAGCUAAAAGAGGUUACUAUCGUUACGAUGAUAUUUCUGAGCAUUUGAAAAUACUCCCAUCCCAAACCCACCUACUAGACGUCCUGCUUAGGAACACUACAAUGAACUGGAUGACAAUACUAGUUGGUGAAGGAGGUAGUGGCAAGAGCUCACUCGUUCGUAUACUCUCCACAUUAACUGGACAUAAGCUGUUAGAGUAUCACAUGAACACUAGCACAGACACUAGUGAACUCAUGGGAGGAUUUGAGCAGGUCAAUUAUGAGAGGGAGUUGAGUAAUUUGGUGAGUAGGUGUGACUACUUGUUGACAUGUUUGAGGACCAUAAAUAAAGGAAAUUAUAAUCUACAAAUAGAUGAAUUAAGGAGCUCAUUAACAUUAAUUAAUAAUAAAGAAGGAAGCGUUUUGAAGGAAAGAUGCCUAGAAUUGAAAGAAGUAGUGGAAUCAACUUUAAAUAUUGUUUCAUCUUCCUUGCAAAAUGAGUCUGAAUUAUUCUCAGAUUUUCAAGACUUAUUGUGUUCUUGUGAUAGUUUGUGUGUUAAAGUGUGUGGUGGGUCUACCUCAGGUCAGUUUGAGUGGGUCAAUAGUAUACUGAUAACAGCUCUCACUCAUGGAUACUGGCUACUUGUUACUCAAGCUAACUUCUGCAGCCCAUCAGUGUUGGAUAGAUUGAAUCCAUUACUGGAGCCUAAUGGAGCAUUGUCUAUUGAUGAGAGAGGAGUCAUUGAUGGCACUGUACCAACUGUUAAACCACAUAAAGACUUUAGGUUGUUUUUGACAAUGGAUCCUGUCCAUGGUGAAAUAUCAAGAGCAAUGAGGAACAGAGGAAUAGAAAUCUCAAUAUUACCAAAGGAUAUUGAAUCUCUUCACUGUGAUUUAUCUUCACUCUCUUACUCAAUGAGUGUUAAGUCCCUCAUGUCUGAUCCAGUCACUGCACUGGUUAAAAGAGAUCUUCACUACAUCCUCAUACAAUUCAUUAAUUCUCUUAAUACAAGACAUACCACCAUUAAUGAUUUAUUAUCAUUGCAAGCUCAUUUAAGGCUAUUCAUUGAUUUGUCGUCAGCGUCUGAUGUACUGCCACGUUACAAUGCUCUCAUUAAAUUGGCUGAUAAUAUUAGCCACACCCCUUUACUUCAGUGUGUUGUCAUGGCAACAGCAGAUGUACUUUCCGAUGACGACUUUAAGAGUGCAACUAGAAGAAUCUCAUUACAUUUAAUGUUUAUAUUAGGUAAAGACUAUCAGUCUCAUUUUAAUUAUAAAAUUAAUGAGGCACUACAUGGAGUACAACCAAAUAAAGAAACAGAUUAUUUUGAUGGCGUUGUUGAUUCCAAGUUAUUGUAUUAUACUCAUAAAAGAUUGAGUAUUUGCAUGAACAAUGAAUGGUCUACUGCCCCUAGUCUAUUUCAAUCAGUUAACAGGAGCUCAGUAUCAAGUGGGUCUGUGAUUGAUCGGAAGACUAUAAUAAAGCUAAAAGAGUUUUUAGAUACGUUUUUGACUGAAUUACAAUGUAGAUCUAGUGAUAAAAUACUGUCAGAUAGAGCUAUUGAUUGCUUGAGGUUAUUCGUAUUCACUUGUCACACUCCUGACUGGUCUGUCCCAAAGCUUGCUGUUAGCUGGUCGCUACUAAAGAAAAUCACCUUUGCAGAAUAUGAACCAAGCAACAAUGUUGCCAGUCUUCUUGAGUCUUGUGCUGUAUUGGAUCAGUUAAAUUCAGUAGAUGCUCAUUGUAUUCAGUUGUUUAGGAAAGGACUAGGUUCACCAUUACCUCCUGCUUCACUCAUGCAAAUUAAUUUGAUGGAUCUUCUUUUAUCUGCUACCAAUAAACAACAUUCAUCAUCUCCUCCUCUUCAUAUCCUUGAUGAUACUACUAAUCGUAGCUCUAUCCUCCAGCUAAUGACAGAGUAUCAUUGCAGUGGUAGCAAUAAUGAAGAACAAGAUAAAGAAGCUUGCUUGAAAUUAGAGGAACUUUUGACUAGUAUACCUAACAGUCAACCUUCUUCUAGUCUUGUUCCUGAUGUUGUGAGACUGGCUUUAAAUGCAAUACCUGAUCUAUUUCUGGCAGUCUCUACCAGCUAUGAUGCUGAGUCAUUAGCAGAGAAGAAAAGGUCAUUCAUAAGAUAUUGUCUUCGGGUACCACAGUGGUCACUGCAUUCACUCCUAUGUAUCCCUGAUGCCACUAAUGAAGCAAAGAAUUUUACUGAAUGGUUAGAGCUGCUUUCUACUGACACAAACCUUUCAUUAUCUUCUUCCUUUAUUGUGAGCGAGUCAUUAUCGGAUCUAACCUUCUCUCUCCUCUCUUCUAAUGAUGAGGAGUUUCCUGGUGAUGGGUCUAGCACUUCAAUCACUGUUCAGAAUUUUGAUAAGAAAUGCUCUGAAUUGCAUGUAUUACUGCAAUUUCUGUUUAUGAAGUGUUUCACUGAAAAAUCUCAGAGCACAAAAUGUGAACAAGAGAUUCAAGUGCUUAAAGAUGUGUUGAAUAGGAUACUCCUAUCCCUUCAGUCAGUCAUUAAGGAUCAGUUUGAUAUCAAUACAGUGCUUAGUGACACAACUCACAGCCUAACUAAUAGAGCUACAGCUGUGUCAGAACUCUUUCUCUCAUUAUUGGAGAGGAAUGAAAUCUCUGGAGUUGCUUGGAGCCACUUUUUUACUUCAUUAUCAUCAGCAUCAGUAGCUUUAGAAUCUGGUGGUAGAGGGACAAGAGAAGCAGUAGAGACUGCUAGAGUAGCUAUUGGUGAAGGUCUGGUUCAUUUAUUAGCUCCAGUAUCAGCAGUUGAUCCACUAGUAAUGGAUAAUAGCACUAACGAAUACCUGGAACUACUAGUCACUAUGAAUAAUUCAUUUAUAGAAUCAUUUCAAUCUUACAUGAAUGCUGUAGCCCAUGGUGUACAGGACCAGCUCUAUAUCCAUCAGUCCCAGUCCACUCCUCAUCAGUAUGUGUCUUCUAAAAUGAAUUCUGCCAGUCAUUGGACUACAGAACUUAAUAAGAGGCAAAAUAUUCUCAAAAGAUUUCAUACAGAAAGAUACAGUGAUCUUACUGAAGAAGCUAGUAGAGUAAUCCAGACUCUUGUUUUUCCUGGGAAAAUUCACCAAGUUCUAGAGAGUGGUGAUUUUGAGAGAGAGGCUUGGCUUGAAAGCAUGUAUUCAGCUAUUAAACGAUUGAGAGAGAACUACACUCCAUACAUUGAUCUAGUGCAACCUUUCAUUGCUGGGCUAACAUUACUUUGUAAAGGAAUAAAGGAUUUGGCUGAUGCUAGGAAUUCAUUGAGACUACAGAGUGGGUGUGUUGGUAUGCUUGUCAGGUUCCCGUACUGGAAUGAGUCUCGUGGUUUGGGAGAACAGGAACGAAUUAAACAAAUAUUAGAGUAUUGUCACAAGAGAAAUAAUGACUGGAGCACUUCAUUAAAAUUAAUCACAGUUGCUGUGGAAAUGUCGCUCUCUUUGUUAACUAAAUCAAAAAUUGGCAUCAAAAAUUCAGGGAUUUUUGUUAAUGUAGUUAAUUUUUGUUACCUUCUAUGGAAAGAGGCUGAUGCAAGAGAGAGACAAAGACAAAUUGAGGAGGAAAGUAUUUAUAAAUAUAAACCGAUUACUUGCACUAUCACUGAUGAGGAGGAACAGGAAACAAAAGAGAUAAACUCUUUAUUUUCAAACUAUGACUCUUAUUUUUUGUCUUCCCCUGAUACUGAUAUUACAACACCCAACCACACUGAUUCAGAAUCAGCCGAGAUCAAGAAAUCAGAUGGCAUUGCUUCGUAUCAAAUGAACGAAACUCAAAUGAGAUUAGUAAAGGAGCUACAUGAACUCCUCUGCUAUAAAGAAAGCAUCCAUUAUUCCUUAUCCUCACCUUCCCCACUUUCUCUUCCUUUUCAAUCUACUCCAAGUCUUUCAGCUGUUAGUCUAGCCAGUGAGAUGUGGAGGGGACAGGUUCAUGCUAGCACAAGAAAAGAGUCUGAUGCUUCUUUUGUCAUUGGUCAAGCUAGAGCAGUUCACUCUGUACUCAAAGCUGUAUCUACCAAUGAACAAAGAAAUAAGUCGUUUAUAAUAUAUUGUGAUCCAUUGGUCAGUGAGGCCAGGAGAGCUCGUGUUGUAUUGAUCAAAUUGAAGGAAAGAGUCAGGGAAGUACUGGUUGAAUUACCUGAUUAUCCUCUUCUGAAACAAAUAUUAUUUGCCGUCGAUCAAGUUCUUUCUCUUGAUCUACUCAGUCCCUUAAUGAAGAUAUUGGCUGGACUUGAAAAUGUUUUGAAAAAAUCACAAGAUUGGGAAGGGUAUGCUUGCUCUAGACUAUCUAUCUCCACUCAGCUCUCAGCUCUCACUGAACUUGUAUUAGAAUGGAGACGACUAGAACUUAAUUCUUGGUCUAAUCUCCUAAGCAUGUGCAAAGAUGAUUUCAUUAGUCAGAGCUGCAAGUGGUGGUUUUAUUUGUAUGGUUUAAUAAAUGAAGAGAGACUGUCAGAAUCUGAUGCUGUUACAUUGUUGCAGUCGUUCAUUGAGUCCAGCUCUAUUGGUGAUUACACUAACAGGCUGAGAAUGAUUGAAAGCUUUGGUCUACAAUUGGAAGAAGAUAACUCAUCAUUGAGUCAUAUACUAUCUAAUGUACACACGUACUAUAUUCAAUUUGAGGAAUCUGUCAAUGACAAUAUUAACCAGCUCUCUGAACCAAUAGAAACUGGACUAAAAGAUUAUUUAAAGAUACUAAGAUGGAAAGAUGGGAACUAUUGGUCCAUAAAACAGCAAAGUGAGAGGAGUCAUGCCACCCUCUCAAAACACAUAAAGCAAUAUAAAGAUGUUCUCUCACAACCAGUCAAACCAGUUUUAACAACCGGUAGCAUCAAAGAGAAAUCUCAUUCUAGUGAAGGUGAUUCUGCGCUUGAAGGUUUUGUAUCACAUCUUAAGAGUAGGGAUGAGAAAGUUACUACAUUUAAUGGAGAGUUUAAUUUUACUCUAAGAUUAAGUGAAGGAGACUCCUCACUGAGUGGCACUGAUGCUUACAAUAGGCUGAGGCAGUUAUUGAACAGAUAUAAGAGGAACCAGUUACUCUUACAAUGGACUGAACAGUUGGAUGAGUUCACUGGGUCUGUCAUUAGCGACUAUCACUCACUGCAAUCCAAUGACAUUCCUUCAAAAUUGAGUAAGGAAGAGAGAGAGGCAGCUAUUAAGCUUCUACUUAUGAAAAGGAAAAGGGCAUUCACUGAUCUUUUUAAGACCUUGAAGUCAAUGGGUUUGUCUUAUAGAAAAGGUGAAGAAUUAUCAGAUCAAAACCUUCAGCUCCUAUCCCUCACUUCUCCAUCUCUUAUUAAAGAAGCACUUGACACUCACCUCAUUAAUGACUGCAACUUGUAUUUCUUCCGUUGUGUUUUAAGAUCUGCCGCACUCAAUUCUGCAUUAGCAACACCAUCAAAAGAAUUGAGUAUGACACAUGUAUUAUGGAUAAGAGGCUACUGUGUACAGUUGAUGGAGGCACUGUGUGUGCAAAGAGAAACACUGUAUGAAGGACAAAAAGAACUGCUUUUAUUCAAUCAUUUGUUAGAAAGGUUAAGAGUUUCUUCAGACUGUGUAGCUGUUUCACUUACUGAGUAUAAAAAAUGGCUGAUUUGUCUCUGUGAUUGCUUGCAACAAUGCAUUGAAGGAAUCAGUGCCUGUCAAGAGAUAUCUGAGAUGAUUCCAGACGUUAUUGAUGUCUCUCUUAUUCCUCUACCUCCCUCAUCCCUCCCUCCUCUAUUGACUGAGCCUUCUAUUAUGAAGAAGGAAGGAGAGAAGCUCUCAGAAUGGAGCAAAGUGUUAGAGGAUAAGCUCCAAACUGCAAUUGAGUACACUAAGAGUAUGAAGAGAAAUGAGUUAUAUUUUAUCACAAGAAAUGAGCUCUUAUUCCUCACUAAUGGAUACACACUACUGCAAGAGUUUGUAUCUGACCCAGUCAACCAGUACUUGAAUGCUAUACUAGGAAAACAUAAUGACAGCUUUGAUUCUUUGUGUUUUAUGAAACACCUACAAAGCAAAAUUUCACUGAAAUGCCAGGGAUUUAGUACUUGGACUGCUGACGUUGUAGGAUCGACCAAUCAGAUUGUUCCAGUCACAUGUGAUUACGAGUCAAUGCUCAAGCCUUUAUUGCUUGGUGUUCAGCAUGUGAUGGAAAAAGAGAAAGUUAUGAAGGGAAAAAGUGAAGAGGAUGAGGAUGGGCUUCCUGUUUAUAAAUUCCUUUGUGAUUUCUCCUUAAGUAAUUUAAAAGAAAUCAAUACCAACGAAGUUAUAAACUGUUUGAUUACAAUACUUGAAAGUGGUUCUGCUCCAUGCAGUAGUGAAGUUUUAAUUCCAUUUAUGGAGAAGUAUCACUCCUUACUUGAAAGAGUUUGUUAUGAACAUGCAUUGGUACAUAGGACCCUAUCAAAGAUGACCUCUUGUCUAUUAGAGAUAUACACCAAUGUAUUGAUAAAGGGUUUUUGUGUGCCCCCUGAACUAAUGGAGGAUACUAAAGGAGGAGAAGAAUUCGUCGAUCAAGAAGCUGGUGGUUUUGAUGAAGGAGAAGGAGCUAAUGAUGUCAGUGAGAAUAUUGACAGAAAUAAUCUGGAAACUGGUGGGGAUGGCACUGAUCAAUCACAGAAUGAGGAAGGAAGAAAAGGAGACGAUAAAGGUAUUGAAAUGGAUGAAGAUUUUGAUGGGAAAUUGGAAGAUGUUCCAGAGAAGGAUAAAGGAGAUGACAAAGAAAAGUAAAAACACAAUGACACAUAAAAAAAGAAACUGCUAGCAACUCACAGUAAUUAUGUAUAGCCUCACU